AUGAAUCCGCUCAACGAAAGCAGAGCCGAGAGAAGUGCGGAGAAUUACAUCUUUGCUGUGGGCACUUACAAACUUCUCGCUUUUACCAUCGGGACUAUUGGAGUAUUCGGCUUUUGCAAUAACGUGGUCGUCUUGAUACUCUACUGCAAAUUCAAGAGGCUCCGGACGCCCACCAAUUUGUUACUGGUCAACAUAAGUUUGAGUGAUUUGCUGGUUUCUCUCAUCGGGAUAAACUUUACGUUCGCUUCGUGCGUCAAAGGCGGAUGGAUCUGGAGCCAGGCGACAUGCGUCUGGGACGGCUUCAGCAACAGCCUCUUUGGCAUCGUUUCCAUCAUGACUCUGUCAGCCCUGGCUUAUGAGCGUUACAUCCGGGUGGUCCAUGCCCAGGUGGUGGACUUCCCCUGGGCCUGGCGGGCCAUCGCCCACAUCUGGCUGUACUCCCUGGCCUGGACGGGGGCGCCUCUGCUCGGGUGGAACCGCUACACCCUGGAGAUCCACCAGCUGGGCUGCUCUCUGGACUGGGCGUCAAAGGACCCCAAUGACGCCUCCUUCAUCCUCUUCUUCCUCCUGGCGUGUUUCUUUGUGCCUGUUGGUAUCAUGAUCUACUGCUAUGGGAACAUUCUCUACACAGUGCAAAUGCUCCGCUCCAUCCAAGACCUCCAGACGGUUCAGAUCAUCAAGAUCUUGCGGUACGAGAAGAAGGUGGCCGUCAUGUUUCUCCUGAUGAUAUCCUGCUUCCUGGUGUGUUGGACGCCCUACGCUGUCGUGUCCAUGAUGGAGGCCUUUGGCAGGAAGAGCAUGGUGUCGCCCACAGUGGCCAUCAUCCCCUCAUUCUUCGCCAAGUCCAGCACAGCGUACAACCCUCUCAUCUACGUGUUCAUGAGCAGAAAGUUCCGCCGCUGUCUGCUGCAGCUGCUCUGUUCGCGGCUCUCCUGGCUGCAGCGCAACCUCAAAGAGCGCCCCCUGGCUCCGGUCGAGCGCCCCAUCCGUCCCAUCGUGGUGUCCAGCGCAUGCGGCAGCAAGGACCGGCCCAAAAAGAGGGUGACCUUUUGUUCCUCGUCCAUCGUCUUCAUCAUCACCAGCGAUGACUUCCGCCACCUGGACGUAUCCUCCAAGGCUGGAGAUUCCACGCAGGUCAAUGUCAUCCAAGUGAAGCCGUUGUGAUCCACAUGGACUGGACUUCUCACCCCCCCAACCACUCAGUAUGCCUUAGGACCUAACAUGCAGUUCCAAGCCAAAAUAAUUCCUGUCUGACCUCCCUGGAUGUUUCUGUGUCCGCACGCAGUUACAGACUUGUUACAGCUUAAUGUAAAUAUCCAACUGUCAGCCCGAGAUCUCAACUAAACCUAUUUGAGUAGUAUGAAAGUGUGACAUCCUCGCCUAACAUCAGCUGUGGUGAUAUAAGUACUUAAUGAUGUAGUUAACAAGUAGUUCUAUGUUCCUCACACUUAUUUGUCAAAUAUGCCAUACAGUAUAUGUGACAACUGUAGGACUGUGUUGAGUAUUUAAAGGCCAGGUACGGACCCCAGUUUGGAUCGACAUGUUGAUAGCAGAUUUGUUUUGGUUGGUACCCAACUGCAAGUGUGAAAAAUGGAAAAAUAAGCCUUAGUUUCUUAGCCAUGAACCAUAAUCCUCAAACUGACAUUACUGUGUAUGGAUUCAAUAAAGAGAUCCUAUUUUAAGCUAC